GGCCGAGGCCGGUCAGCGCCGGUGGGCUCGGUCCCUCGGCUCGCGUAUCUGCUGGGUAACGGGCCUUGUCCGGCGGCGUCUCGGCCGCUCCUUGCCUCGGCUUGCCCAGUUCUUCCCUCCAGCUCCGGGGCCCUGUCCCGAGGGCCGGGGCGGCCAGAGACAUGGGCGUCCCUCUGCGGUGCACCGACGACAUCGGCUGCCUUCGCUGGGGAAGCGACACCGUCUUCGAGGAAACCGGAAGCCCCUGGUGACCCCCCGGCGACCCGGUUUGUUUUGUCGGUCUGUUCCCAGAACCUAGGGAAACGAAACUCGGUGGCCCUUGGGCUGUCAUGGAUGCACUUGUAGAAGAUGAUAUCUGCAUACUGAAUCAUGAAAAAGCCCGUAGAAGAGAUCCCGUGACUCCAGUCUCGAUAUAUUCAGGAGAUGAAUCUGUUGCCUCCCAUUUCGCCCUUGUCACCGCGUAUGAAGAUAUUAAAAAACGACUCAAAGAUUCGGAGAAGGAGAACUCUUUGUUGAAGAAAAGAAUAAGGUUUUUGGAAGAAAAGCUUCUAGGAGCUCGAUGUGAUGAGGAAGCAAGCUGUGUGGGACGAGAACAAGUGAAUAAGGCCUAUCAUGCCUAUCGAGAGGUCUGCAUUGACAGAGAUAAUUUGAAGAACCAAUUGGAUAAAAUGAACAAAGACAAUUCUGAAUCUCUGAAAGUAUUGAAUGAACAACUACAGUCUAAAGAAGUAGAGCUCCUCCAGCUAAGAACGGAAGUGGAAACUCAGCAGGUGAUGAGGAAUUUAAAUCCUCCAUCAAACUGGGAGGUGGAAAAGCUGAACUGUGACCUGAAGAUCCACGGUUUGGAGAAAGAACUGGAGCUGAUGAGGAAGCAAUGUGCUGAUCUCAGAACUGAACUACAGAAGGCUAAGCAGACGGCUCUGUCGGAGGAGGACAGCCUGAAGAGCAGCACUGUGCCGCGAGCCAACAUGUCAAGUGACAAUAUGCAGCACGCAUACUGGGAACUGAAAAGAGAAAUGACGAAUCUGUACCUGGUGACUCAGGUGCAAGCUGAGCUGCUGAGGAAGCUGAAAGCCCCCGCUGCAGUCAAGAAAGCCUAUGGCCCAACAGCCUGCACUGAAGACCUUGGGAAGGACAGCACAAAACUCCACUUGACAAAUUUUACUGCAUCAUACAAAAGACAUGCCCCUCUGUCACCUAGCAAAGCUGUCUGUCAAACUACAUCUCCCCCUUUUCCGGGAGAUACAAAGAUUUUAUCAGAGAAAGCACUUCUGCAAUCAUGGACAGAUAAUGACAGAUCCAUCCCUAAUGAUGGUACAAACUUUCAGGAACCCAGCUCUUACAGCAGAAGUUCUCUAGAAGAUAAUUCUUGGGUGUUUCCAAGCCCUCCUAAAUCAAGUGAGACAGCAUUUGGGGAAAGUAAAAGUAAAACUUCGCCUUUGCCCAAUCUGCCAUCACUACAUUACUUGGAUCAACAUAAUCAAAACUGCCUCUAUAAGAAUUAAUUCUGAAGAAAUUAUUGAUUUAUCAUGAGGAUGCCAUAUCUCUUGGUAGCUCUCCCAAGAAGUUAUUUCACAGAGUGGAUUUUGACCGUCUUCAGUGUAUAUACAUUUGAACACAUUCUAUUUGAUAUUAUGCACUUGAUUUACCAAUGUGAAAGAAGAGAGCCUUCCAGCUUCAUAGUCAGAGAAUCAGAUGUAUGCCACACUCCCAACUGAAGGUGUGUUGCAGAAAGACAAGUCUGGCUUUCAUAACAACUGUAAAAUUUUGCUUCUC